AUGGACCUCAAGGGAACUGGUCAAAUGGAGGACAGUCUAAUUGGUCAAGUCGACAACAGGAGGGAGAAUGGGGGAGAUGUGAUGAUCCCGUAUCAGCCCCAAGAUGCGAUGCGAGAAAUACAAGAGACUCAGAAAGAACAGAUGGCUGCACUCGAGAUGCUUACAAAGCAGUUAUCUCAGGUCGUCAUGUCACUGGGUGAGUUGAGAGGGAAUGAAGGAAAGCUCCCGACCACAGUGCAGCAACCAACAGGGCGAGAAAAUGUCAAUACAGUCUCUCUGAAAUCGGAAACAGUUUGUCAAAGCUCAUCUGCGAGUUUUCCAGCACCUAGACCCAAUCAUAACGGAAGCCUUGAGCCCAGCACCCAUGAUCAAGUCACACAAGGAAAAGAGCCCAGCACCCGUAAACAGGUAGCUGGGAAGAGGAAGAUGGGCGAAACAGAAAAUGUGACUGGAGUGAUCCAACCUAGAGAUCUUCCACCCAAGAAAGCUGACCCAGGGGUGUUUACGCUUCCAAUCUCCAUCAGAAACGUCAAAAUGGAGCACGCAAUGUGCGACCUAGGGGCUUCCAUUAAUAUUAUGCCAUAUUCUAUAUACGAGAAGCUGGAAGAUGCUAAGCUUAUCAAAACUGAUACGGAGAUACAACUAGCAGACGGGUCUUCCAUUUACCCCGAGGGAGUUUUGGAAGAUGAACUUGUCAAGGUGAAAAAGUUCAUGUACCCCGCCGACUUCUUCGUCAUAAAGACGACAGAGCCGGGAGCGGAAGAGUCUGUUGGCAUCCUUUUGGGAAGGCCAUUCUUAUCCACGGCUAGCACGGUCAUUGAUGUCCGCCAUGGAACGAUGAAGCUGAGUUUUAAUGGAGAGCAACUUACAUUCGAAAUUGAUAAAGCUGUGAGGAAGCACAGGACAACGAGAGCAUUCAAUCAGUAG